UUAUUUUUCUUAAUUAAAUUUCAUUUGUAAACACUAUUGUUUCAACCUAUUUAAUCACUGUACUAUGAAAGACAGAAUUCGGUGUCUUUAUCUUUAUACCACUUUAUACUAUUAUAAUUCUCUUUGCUUUAUACUGCUUUAUACUUUCCUUUAUACUCUUUGAAUAGGUCUAUCUAUUUUUGCUAUUUGAGGCUUAAACUCAAAUAUUUUAUUAUAAUUCUCUUUGUAUUUACUGCUUUAAGGUGAUUUUUAAACAUGGUUUCCUAUAUUAUUUUAAAAUAUACAAUCACAUUAAUCGUCGGGGUCGGCGCAACUGUUAUUAAAAAUGAUUGCAAUAGAAAUGAUGACAGACUUACAUUAGACCCUGUGGAGCUUAUUGAUAUUGUUGUUGAAGAACAUAAGAAAACUAGUGCCGGAAUUCAUAAAAAGCAGUUCCUUUCUUAUACGAAAGUGCCUAAAAAUAAGAAAAUAUACUUUAAAGCUGCAGACAAGGUCGAUGAUGUGGAAUCCUUAAAAAUGCGCAAGAUGUGGAGUCGAUGGAGUAAAUGGAGUGAUUGUUCAGUAACCUGCGGUGAGGGUAGUACUGUAAGGCGGAGGACGUGUGUAGCGGGGCGCUGCGCUCCCAAUGAGCGAGAGGAACAACGCCGCCCAUGCGCGCGACCGCCCUGCGCUAUCUACAACACUGACGAUUUGCAUGAUUUCGAGUCUAUCUAGGUUACCGUCUGUGUAAACAGCCUAGAACUCUCUAAAUAAACAGGUCAUAGCAUUCUUGGAAAGCUUAAGUGGAAAUCGAUGCUUGCGGUAGAAAAACAAACAGUUUCUUCAUGGAAAUCCAUGACCAGACGCGUAUAAACUCGCAUAAAAUACGCAAGACUACUACGAAGGAACCAAAAAACAUAUCGAAAACAACUCCCAAAAUAGUAUAUGAUCCUUCUGUCACUAGUACUCCUCGGUACCAUGUAAAUUCCAAUCUGAAUUCUUUAUGGGUUUACCGACCAAAUUCCUAUGACUCUAAUUUGCGGGAUGAGUUCGGUACGCGUAGAGCGCUCAUUACAAUUCCUCAUUCUCUGACCAAACUUGCCAAAACUCUUUCUUUGGAUUUUAACCCUUAUUUCAAUAAGGGUUAUUUCGAACCAUUUGAGUGGCGACCGCGACCUGUUACUCUUGUUGCUUUGAGGAAAAACGGUCAUGUGCCGCGACGCACUAUAAAGGUUGAAGAAAAAAUAUCAACUGAUGUAGCAGAACUGCAAUCACCAUACAACGACGUAAGCAAGUUUUGGCAAGACGAGCCUGGAGAGUCACAGAAAUAAUGCACUAGAAUUGUGGCACGCAAUAUCUAUAAGUUUAAUAAUCAAUAAUUUUGUAAAUACAUACCUAUAAAUUUCACAACAAUGACUCUACAUUAUUUGGCUUAAUGGUUUCUAGUGCCCGAUUGAAGUUUCGUUUUUCGAUUCAGAUUCAUAAUGAUCAAAUAAGACCUCUAUAACGUAGAUAUAGGGAAGUCGAUAAAGUAUAAUAGCAUCAGAAAAAAAAUGUUUUAUAUUUUUAGCUUGGUCAUAUUAAUAAGAAAACAAAAUUGUUAAUUUAUUUUUAGAUAGCAUUAUCUUCAAACAAAAAAUUUAAUUAUUUUACCUAUUUUAAGUCAUUACUAUUAUUACACACUUUUGAUAGUCCAUUUUUUUGCAACUUUACUAAUGAAGAUUUAUUUAUAACAAUUUUCGUUAUUAAAAAUGAUUUGUGAUAUCCAGACAUAAGUAAGUAGGUAAGUGUCUACCUAUAUAGAAACUUAAAUGCUUACCUACCUAAGUCAAAUGUAUAAAAGGUAGCUUGGUAAAGUAAUAAUAAAUAUUAAAGUUUA